AUGUCCAAUAAUGGAGUCCCGAACCCCAUUCAUUAUUGGCUCCUGUCGAUACAGAUUUUCCUCUUCUCAUCAAGUGCUCUGAAUGCAAGAACUGCACAUGGUUGGGGAACAAAACAUCAAAACCCCAUCAAAGGAGGCAGCCAUAAUCUAGGACAUGGUUCUUCAUCCAGCUCAGUAUAUGAUUCCUACCAACCUUAUAGCCCUAUCUUUGAUGUCCCAUCCUUUGGAGCAAGGGGUGAUGGAGUUUCCGAUGACUCCAAGGCAUUUCAAGUGACGUGGUCUGCAGCAUGUGCAGUCAAGAAUGCAACAAUUAAGAUCCCAUCUAAAUUUCGGCUCCUCAUCAGUCCAAUUACACUGCAAGGACCUUGUGAACCAGGACUAGUCCUUCAGAUAGAUGGGAUGAUUGUCGCACCUGGAGGUCCAAGAAUGUGGCUGAAACCAGAGCUACUGCAGUGGAUCAACUUCAAGAAUCUACAUGACUUCGUAAUCCAGGGAAGAGGAACAAUUAACGGACAAGGCUCAGCAUGGUGGUGGAUUACACCCAGGAUUCUGCAAAACCAGCUAACAAACAGAAACUCCAGAUACGAUGACACAAUGAAGCCAACAGCCGUGAGAUUUUACUCAAGUUUAAACUUAACUAUCCGUGACAUCCAAAUCCAAAACAGCCCAAGAUGCCACCUAAAAUUUGACAACUGUGCUGGGGUAAAGGUAACCAAUCUCAGCAUCUCCUCGCCAGGUGACAGCCCAAACACUGAUGGGAUCCAUCUCCAGAACUCACAACGGGUGGAAGUAGAGAAUUCUACAAUUUCAUGUGGGGAUGAUUGUAUCUCAAUUCAGACUGGGUGUUCAGAUGUAAACAUUCAGAAUAUUAAAUGUGGACCGGGGCAUGGAAUAAGCAUAGGGGGCCUAGGUAAGGAUGGCACCUUGGCCUGCGUAUCAAACAUUGUGGUUCAGAAUUCCAUAAUGGUGGAUACGCUAUAUGGAAUCAGGAUCAAAACCUGGCAGGGUGGAGUUGGGUCCGUGAAGUCUGUGAUAUUUUUGGAUAUCGAAGUCUCUAACGUGAAAGUGCCAAUCAUGAUUGAUCAGUUCUACUGUGAAGGUGGUACUUGUCGAAACAAGACAGAUGCAGUUUCUCUGACCAACAUUACGUACAAUCAAAUAAAUGGAACUUAUGCUACACAGGCAAUACAUCUAGCCUGCAGUGACAGCAUUCCGUGCACUAAUAUCAGCAUGGGAAAUGUCCUCCUCACUCCAUCAACAACAACUAAAGGCUUGAUGCAAGACCUAUGUUGGAAUUCCUACGGAAAAUCUCUAGCCACUGUUUUUCCUCCCAGUCUAAACUGUCUAGAAACAGGAAAUCCUCUAUCCAAGAAAGCUAGUAAUUUCAACAGAACUCAUUUUACAUGCUAAAAAAAGCUGCAUUUACCUUUUAUUCAAGUAUUGUAUUGUAAAGGUGACCUACUAGAAAAACAGAGAACAAGAAAAGGGGGGAAAAAAUCUAAAAUUCUCAUAGUAUCCUAGAAAUAAAUCACCUAAUUCAUUUUAAAAAAAGCCACCACUGCCUAGCUUAUCAUAUUAGUUGAUCGUUCUUGUACCUUUUAACCAGCAUAUAUAAAAACCUAAGAGGGUUCUAAAUACAAGGCCAACUUCAACUGCAA